GCUCAGCUUUCUUGAACGGCUCUCAUAUGUUUCUAUAGCCCCAAAAAUAACCUCAACCCCCUCUUGUGUUGCAACUCUAACCUCAAACCCCAAAAAUCAUGGAAAGCUCGUAUGAUGCACGGAUUUGCUGGUGGGUUUGAUUGUUCUGCUGUUUGCCACCCCCUCCCAUCCUUCCGUCAUAAGGGAAAACAGAAAGAUCUUCAAGACAUUGAAGCAGAUGAUGAUUCUCUUGACCAUUAGCGUUUAGGGUUCCUUCGUGUCCUUGCACCAAAAGCAGAAGGGAAAGGGGAUAAUUGGCAAUUAUCCAAAGGGAGAUUAAGAGGAGGAGAAGCAAAGUUUAGUCAAGAUGAACGAUCUAUUCUCCGGCUCGUUCAAGAAAUACACGGACCUCAAGCAACAGAACUACCUCGACGAAAUGGAGGCUGGAAAGGAGACGGUGAACCUCGAAAAGUUCUUCGAGGACGUCGAGAACGUGAAGGGGGACAUGAACCAGGUCGAGAAGCUGUACAAGAGGCUGCAAGAGGCCAACGAGGAGAGCAAGACCGUCCACAACGCGAACACGAUGAAACAGCUCCGGUCCCGGAUGGACGCCGACGUCGGGCAGGUCCUCAAGCGGGCCAAAAUCAUCAAGGGCAAGCUCGAGGCCCUUGAGCGGUCCAAUGUGGCCCACCGGAGCAUACCCGGGUGCGGGCCCGGCACAUCGGCGGACCGGACGAGGACGGCGGUCGUUGGCGGGCUAGGGAAGAAGCUCAAGGACUUGAUGGAUGACUUCCAAAGCUUGAGGGCCAAAAUGAAUGAGGAGUACAAGGAGACGGUCGAGCGGAGAUACUUCACGAUCACGGGGCAAAAGGCGGACGAGGAGACGAUCGAGAACUUGAUCUCGAGCGGCGAGAGCGAGAGUUUCCUGCAGAAGGCGAUCCAAGAACAAGGGCGAGGCCAGAUUCUCGACACGAUAUCGGAGAUUCAAGAGAGGCACGACGCCGUGAAGGAGAUCGAGAAGAACUUGCUCGAGCUGCACCAAGUGUUCUUGGACAUGGCCGCGCUCGUGGAGGCUCAGGGCCACCAGCUCAACGACAUCGAGUCGCACGUCACUCACGCCAACUCAUUUGUGCGGCGGGGCGCCGGCCAGCUCCAGGAGGCGAGGGAGCACCAGAAGAGCUCCCGGAAAUGGACGUGCUACGCGAUAAUCCUCGUCAUCGUCAUCAUCGUCAUCCUCUUAGUGCCGCUUUUAAAGUCAUUCCUGCCAAUCUAGAGGGAAACAAAGCAAUGUGGGAAAAUCAAAGAAAAAGUUCAGUUCCUAAGCUUGAGAAGUGAAACAUAGAUUUUGCAGGAAUUUUUUGAACUCCAUCGUGUUGCCAUGAUCUAAAGGGAAAGAUUCU